AUGCGUCGUCAUAUAGCUCGCGUCCUCAUCGUCUUCAAUAAAUUCACUGCCGUGCUCACUUUGGACGACGACGGACAGCGCCGGACCGUGCUACCUCGUAGUUUGAUCGCCCAGCGGCCAGCUGGUCGAGCGAUCCGGUCAGUCCGAUGGGCGGCAGGUCACUUGGUUGGCUGGGUCGCAUUCGAAGCGUUCGGUUGUAAUAACGUUGUAAACUGAAGUAACUGUAAUGAUCGCUCAUGGUUCCGCAUUGCUCCAAGCAUCGUCCUCGAAGAAGCGCCAGUCCGUGCCCUGCUCAGCAUCCAACUCCAGACCAAACAGCAGUCCGCGCGAUGGAACGUCGAAAACCUGUUGCUUUUGCUGGUGCUGCUGUUGUUCAUGUUCUUGGUAGGAGUAGGAGAGAAUUUUAAACAGCCGUGGUCGUAUCAACGUUUCCGAAUGCUUUAA